AUGGCCAACGCAAAGACGGAUGCUACAGCAGCGACUGAGAGUGAUGUAAACUUCAAUUCAGACCCACAAACAGAUGCAAAGUCACGAACAUCAGCAGCACAACCCAAUUUUGGCUCUACUUUAAUAUCUCGAUCUACCACUAAAACCAAAAACACAAUAAGAAGUACCACAUCUGCACGGACAACUACAUUGCCUGUAAAAUUUACUGAUCUUUUGUUCAACUGCACGGAUAUGACCUGCGCAAGAAACCCGUCACUUUUUGAUUCUAGUUCAACUCUAAUAGAUUCAAAAAAGUACGGGACCUGGAGGGAAAUUUGCGGGGAACUGUUUUUGUUUGGAAAAUCAAUCGUGACGUGGGAAACAAACGUGAAUAUGUGUUGCAGCAUUGGAAUGAAACCAUUGGCGUUUGAAACUUUGGAGAAAUUCAACUGUUUUAAAGAUAUUACACAAUAUGAAGUGUGGCCUUACAACUUCAACUACUGGACCUCAGCCCACCAGAUUUUCUCCAACAAUACCUUUCAGUGGUGUUUGUACAAUACUCCUGGAACUUUCACCAACGCAAACCCAAUGUGGGCUACUGGACACCCUAAUAAUUUAGUUUUUGAAGAAUGCGUACACCUAUCCAUCUCCAAAAACACAACCGAGCUGACACAGAAGAGCUGCACAAACACAUUUGUUUUUUCAUGCAAGGGGAAGCCUACUCCAGCCCCACCUUGCUUUACUCCAACAUGUCCCACAGGCAAAUGCAGCAAAAAUGACUCGUUGUACUCAGUGGCACCGGACAAAGUGUCUCAGUUUCUAGCGAAACCUUCGCAAUAUGGGACUUGGAAAAGUAUGAAUUACCGAAUUUACAUGUUCAGCAAUGCUAGUAAAGCGUGGGCCGAAGCGAUCACAACUUGUUGUGCUAUAGGAAUGAAGCUUCUAAGCGUCGAAAUGGAUUACAAAUACAGCGUUUUGUCUCAAGCGCUUGGUACAAUCAAUUCAACUCUGUCCGGAAAAUAUUGGACAUCGGGAACAGAUAACGGCUGUCCCGGCGCGUUCGGAUGGUGCGCUGCAAACAAACUGGUCCGAGGGCCGAUUUGGGCGCGCGGCGAACCUCAAAUAAUUGGCAAAAACUGCAUUGCUGUAGACGUCAGCAGCACAAACACAACUCUUUCGACUGCAAAUUGCACCGCAAAUCUGCCAUUCAUUUGCGAGGUUAGAGAUACCAGUAACUCGACUAGUAGAGGGAAAGCUAUCAAGGAUGAGUGUGUCUCAAAUUACAACGUUUCAGAAGAUGAGCAAGAUAGCAUUUUCAACAGCACCAAGUUUGACAUAAAAAUUAAGUGCUUUUUGAAAUGCUUGGGCGAGUCUGGAGGAUUUAUUCUUAAUGGCCGAUUAGUGGACGAACAGCUUAUGAAAUUGGCAGAGACUUUGUCACCGAACAACAACGAUCAGUUGAUGAGCGAUUUUAAAGCCGUGGACGAAUGCUCUAGUUUAAAGGGAAUGGAUGAUUGCGAUGCAGCGGCUUUAGCUUAUCAAUGCGGACAAGAGAAAGCACCAAAUCUGGUUGCAAACGCAAUAAAAGUCGUGGAAUUGAACAAUACCGCAGAAAAGUCCCCCUUACAACCAACUUUAGGCGAAUGCGAUACUGAUUAUACUUGUGCUGUGGACGUAAAAUUAUAUUAA